GCGCGCCGGCCGGCGUCUUGGCAUUUAGUAGAUACUGAGCCGGCGCUGGUGUGUAAGGGACGGGUGUGGCCCGCGCUGCUUAGUUGUGGCGUGAUUACUAACGCAAGCUCCCUCCCCGGGCUGGGAGGACGACUUCUGCGGCUCCUCUGAACUGGCUCCUGGGUGUGACUGAACCCAUCCCUGGCUAGGAGCGGUGUUUGCAGUCUCUUGGGUGCCUGAAUAUUGGCUCUGCGUCUGAAGCUCCUGAAACUUUUCUCACUGCAUAUAUAUGUAUAUAGUACACAAGUGCUUAGCCCAAGCAUGAGAAUUAUUGGAAUCUUCUGAUAAGACAAAUUUGAACUGCAGUGGGAGCUCUGUGUAGGAAGAUGCAGCCUUUGAACAAGUUGAUGGCUAUCUCAAAACCUCAAAACCUGGCUCCUCAUGAACAAAGUGAGGUCCUGAGAGCAGAUGUGUCUUGGCAGCAGGAAUCUAUCCCAGUCGUGGAGACAGAUGACUGUGAAGCCUCUCGUCUAAAGUUCAGACAUUUCCAGUAUUUGGAAGUGUCUGGGCCUCAUGAAGCCCUGAGCCAACUCUGGGAGCUCUGUCUUCAGUGGCUGAGACCAGAAAUUCACACAAAGAAGCAGAUCCUAGAGCUAUUGGUACUGGAACAAUUCCUGACAAUUCUCCCUGAAGAAGUCAGGACUUGGGUGAAUUUACAACAUCCAAAGAACAGCAAGGAAGUGGUGAGCCUCAUAGAGGAUGUGAUUGGUAUGCUUAAGGAUGAAGGUAUAACCUGCAAGGAUUCUGCCCUACUCCAGAAGGGGAGCAUCAAGAAAGAAAAAAUGGAAGCUGACUCACUAACAGGCAAAUCCCAGGAACCAGUGACAUUCAAAGAUGUGGUUGUGGAAUUCAGCGAGGAAGAGUGGGGGCAACUGGACCCUGCUGUAAAGAACCUGUACAGGGAUGUGAUGCUGGAGAACUAUAGGAACCUGAAUUCAUUGCCUAAAGAGCAUCUACUUUCCAAACCAGUUGAGACCUCCAGGUUGGAGAGUAAGGAAAAAAGUUGGAUAAUGGAGCAAGAAAUUCUAAGAACAACUGUUUUUGACAGAGAGAUAAUUUCAGAAAAUCAGGAUUUAGUUCCAAAGCAGAGAAUUUCUGGAGAAGAAUCAUACCAUGCAGUGAUUAUGACAAGACUGACUGAAAGUGGACAUCCUCCUUUAGAUGCCUGGAAAAGUGAUGAUUGGUUAUAUAGGAACCAGGAACACUGGGACAUAAAUUUGCCACAAGAAGCUUUCGUUCAUAAUGCAGUCUACACUGAGGAGGGAGACUUUGAAUAUAGUGAAAAUAAGAAAAGUUUUGAUGUUAAGUCAGUUAACUCAACUUUUGACACACAACAGGGAGUUCCUGUGAGAAAGGGUUCCCCAAAGUGUGAUCAGCUUAAAACUAACUUCGAAUUUAAUUUAGACUCAGUAGGUAAGCAACAUUCAGAAUAUAACGGAUGUGGGAAUGCCUUGAACUUGAGUACAGAUACUCAGCACCCAAAAAGUCAUGCCACAGUGGAUUCCUAUGAAUGUUAUCAAUGUGGGAAGGCCUUCAGCCGCAGUUCAUCUCUUGUUCGACAUCAGAUCAUUCACACAGGAGAGAAACCCUAUAAAUGCAGUGAAUGUGGAAGAUUCUUCAACCGACGUACAAACCUUACUAAGCAUCAAAAAAUUCACACUGAAGCAAAGGCCUCCGAAGGCAAUCAAUAUGUAAAACCCCUCAGUCAGCCUGAAGACAGUAAUAAAAAUCCAAGACUCUGUUCUGCAAAUAAUCCCUAUGAAUGUGUUAACUGUGGAAAAUCCUUCACCCGGAGCUCCUCACUUAUUCGACAUCAAGUGAUUCAUACAGGAGAGAAACCAUUCAAAUGUAAGGAAUGUGAGAAAACCUUCAACAGGAGUUCAAACCUGAUUAAACAUCAAAAACUUCAUACUUGA